GGCUGUGAGAGAGAGAGAGAAAUUCAGUGCUGCGUGUCAGAGCGGUGUGUAAGAGAGAGAGAGAGAGCGUGUGUGUACAGGGCAUCCAUAUUUCUGCAGGACAAACGGAGGUGUUUUCACUCAAUUCUAUUUCAGCCUCUACCUCCUGCGCUUCCUGACAUCCAGCUCUGAACAAAAACCCAGGGGUGACUACAGACUGCCAGCUUCUGCCUGGCUGCCACAUCCUGCGAUGAGUCGAAGGGAGGCUUUGGUGGGAAACCCUGCGCCUAGUGCGGCGCCUGAGGUAUCGGGCAACAGCACAAAGGCAGCAGGACCCGGUCCCCACGAGACCAAAGAUGAGAUGUUCUCCAAAGUCAAAGACAAGUUCAUGAAUGAACUGCACAAAAUCCCACUGCCAUCAUGGGCCAUUGUCGCCAUUGCGUUUGUUGCUGUUGUACUAGUUGUUUCCUGCUGCUUCUGCAUCUGCAAAAAGUUGAUAUUCAAGAAGAAGAACAAGAAAAAGGGCAAAGACAAGGGCAAGAAUGCCAUCAACAUGAAGGACGUCAAGGAUGGUAUCAAAACCGAGGCCUUGAAGGAUGAGGAUGAUGCGGAAACAGGGCUGACGGAUACAGAGAAAGAUGUGGAGCCUAAGGAAGAAGAGAAACUUGGCAAAUUACAGUACUCCUUGGAUUACAAUUUCACAGAGAAUACGUUCAUAGUGGGGAUCAUCCAAGCAGCAGAGCUGCCUGCCAUGGAUAUGGGUGGCACUUCUGACCCCUAUGUAAAGGUCUACCUUCUUCCAGACAAGAAGAAGAAAUUUGAGACCAAGGUCCACCGGAAGACGUUGAAUCCUGUUUUCAAUGAGCAAUUCACCUUUAAGGUUCCCUACACUGAGCUUGGAGGGAAAACUCUGGUGAUGACGGUAUAUGACUUUGACCGUUUCUCCAAACAUGACGCCAUUGGAGACGUGAAGGUGCCUAUGAAUAAGGUCGACUUUAGUCAUGUGACUGAAGAGUGGAGGGACCUCCAGAGCGCUGAGAAAGAAGAGCAAGAGAAGCUGGGUGACAUCUGUUUGUCUCUGCGGUAUGUGCCCACUGCUGGCAAACUGACCGUGGUCAUUCUGGAGGCCAAGAACCUGAAGAAGAUGGAUGUUGGUGGCCUGUCAGAUCCUUACGUCAAGAUUCACCUGAUGCAGAACGGCAAGCGGCUGAAGAAGAAGAAGACGACAAUCAAAAAGAACACCCUUAACCCUUACUACAAUGAAUCUUUCAGUUUCGAAGUGCCAUUCGAACAAAUCCAGAAAGUUCAAGUUGUUAUAACUGUUCUGGACUAUGACAAGAUUGGCAAGAACGAUGCCAUCGGCAAAGUGUUUGUGGGCUUGAACAGCACAGGCACCGAGAUCCGUCACUGGUCAGAUAUGCUGGCCAACCCGAGGAGACCCAUCGCUCAGUGGCACGUGCUCAAGCCGGAGGAGGAAAUAGAUGCCCUGCUGGCAGCUCAGAAAAAAUAGAGCAGCCCCGAGACCAACCCCCCCUUCCCAAAAACCUGCCCGUGUAGUGCUCUUUACCCAGUGCGUGUAAAUACCUCAGUGAUAUAAGGAUUCAUGCACCCUCACUCCUAAUUUCUAGUGUCUCGGACCACCCCAUUGAGAUGUUGUGUUGUUACGUCGGUUUCGACCCCUCGCCCCCUUCCUUCCGUCGAUAAACUCUCUCUGUCCUUUGUUGUUUCAUCUCCAUCCACGACCUUAAAAGUCCCCGACCAAAUGCCCCCUUCUUUUAAGCAAUAUGAUCUGUAUAGAUAGAGCAUGACUGGAGGAAUUUAUUGUACUGUACCACAGGUGUAUAUAUCAGUAUGCAGAUGAAAAUGAUUUGUAGUUUAUGUGUUUGUAUGUUGUUACCCGUUUCCUAAACUGUGUAUAUCUUGAUGUUUUUAAUAAGAUGUUCUAUUUUAAAUUAUGUAAAUGCAUAGAAGAGCCAAUAUUAUAUAUAACGGGAUUUAAGAGUUUUACCUUAUUGCAUUCCACUAAAUUAUACGCUAUAUCUCUAUAUAAAUAUUUACGAGUUAAAGAAUUCCAACCUGCAAAACGCUAGUGGAGGUACACUCACACUCACGUAAAGGACGGUUUGCGCUUCAUGUUUACGUAAAAAAAAAGCUUACAGAUGUACCGUACACGAUAAACACACACUGAACAUGAAGGCCAUUAACUAAUAUGGUUUCAUGGUAUAAAUAUAAUAUGCUGCUGACAAUUAUACAAGCACAUGAUUUCGUAAGAACUUUUUGUACAAAUUUAUCAAACUGAGGGACCUGUAUGCUUCGCUUAAACCACUUUAAUCGAAGGAAUUCUUCUUACUUGAUGAAGACCAAUCAGCCUUUUCUUUUGAUUUCUCAUACGGUGAUGCUGUUCAAUUUUAUUAAAACGGGUCCCCGGUUUGCUUCUUUCUUGUUUUCUGUCCUUCGAUUCCCGAAUCUUCUCGAAUCCAAGUUGGCGUCUUCGCGAAACCGUAAAUUGACCAUUUAUGGGACAGUCUCAAGCUGUAGCCAUCGUGUCCUUGAAGCUUGAAUUUGUGAAUCAGUUUCCUUUUCUCGUCAUCUGACUCGUUUCGUUGAGGAAUUUAUGGUUCAGCCUCCAAAAAAAGGAAACCAGGAGUUUUGACUCCAGCUUUAAGACAACUAUUUUUUAGAUUAAGUCAACGUCUGAAUAUUUUUGGUAACUGCAUGAUUUUUUUUUACGAUCUUUGCUAAAGGCCGGGUAACGGGGGGAUUUAUUUACACCGGGGCGUCUUUCAAGAGACUCCCUUGCCUUCAAUCAGAAGUAAUCAAAUGUUGUGGGACGGAAGCUUUUGAAGUGGUCGGUCCCAACGAAUCGAUAGUGAUGAGGGAAGGAGGAGAGGCGAGCUUUUAAACUCUGCCAUUGUUUUCAGGGAGGUACAACUCCUCCCUCCACUCACACGCCACUCGGAUAGUGGUUGUAGCUUUGGGGAACAAUGUAUUUUGGCCGCAACGGUGCCCUAAACAGCAGUUUUUGCUUUCUGUUGCCUUUUCACAGUGACAAUAGAGUUAGCCAUGCUUAACUGCCAAUCCCUUCCCCCGUGGCUACUGUUUUGCACUGUACAGUCUAGGAACGGACAAUUGCUUGUCGAGAAAAGUCCGUUCAGUCUAUAGCGCAAGAAAGCGAACCGGCCACCGACCGGUUUGGACACCACGAGCAUUAGCGAAUCUUUAACAAUAACCGUAAAAGUUAAUGGUCUGUACAGGUGAUAAUAUUCUAAUGUCCUUUACUACGGGUCUAACAAGAGGGCGAGUAGACGUUUAGUCCAUUAAAUCCAUGAGUUAUCUUGGAGGAACCUCUCGCGUACACUAGAUGCUAGCUUUAGGAGGAGUUUCUAAGUGUUUUCAAUGUUACUGUGUAGGUAAUAGCACUGUUACUUAAAAAUAAAAGGAGAAAAAAAGCUAUUCGUCAUUCCAUAGGAGUCUUUAGGGACUGAGUUGUGUAUCACUGUGACUGCGGUGUGUGCUUAGCGUUGUAGUUUUCAGUAGGUAGCCGCCAUCUUGUACAAUAGUGACGUUGUGCUGCCAUCCCCCAUCACACCGCGAGAGUACAAAAGAGAGCGACGGUUUCUGAUAACUGUUACAGAGUGCGCGCUCGCGGGUCAAUUCACAGCAUUUUGUUGAGCACUGUGCAAUGCUUGUAUGUUCAUUCUCUAGUGUUUAAACGGGCGGCAUCUCUCAGUAGGGGACAAAAAAAGCACCCUAUACAGCGAGACGAUGUAUCCAUUGAGCGUAGUCUGGUUAGGUCACAGCACACGUGUGUAGUUUGGAGCUCAACAUCUGUAAACUUGUUAAGGAU